AAAAACUAUUAUAUAUAUAAAAAACUCAAAUUGGUAAUUAACAAAAUUGAAAUGCCGGAUUGGUAUGAUACAGAUGCUAGCAAUUAUGAAAUAUGCUCAUUCCUGGGCCAUAGCAUGACUAAUAUAGCUACUGUCUAUAUUGCCAAACAUAUUCCAUCUAGGACUUUGGUUACCCUUAAAAAAUGUUAUGUCGAAAAACUUACCAGAGAAGAAAUCAAAUUAGUUCAGGAUGAAAUAAUACUUAUGAGACAGCUCAAUCACCGCAACAUUCUACCUUGUUUAGCAUCAUUCGUUACCGGAAAUGAAAUUGUUUCUGUAUUACCUUUAAUGGGUUAUGGAUCAUGUAAUGACAUUUUGAUGAGACAUUUUCCGACCGGUAUACCUGAAGCAGCAAUCGCUUGUAUUCUAAAAGCUGUUAUUCAUGCUUUAAGUUACCUUCAUAGUAAAGCAAUUAUUCACAGGGCAAUCCGUGCCAGUCAUAUCCUUAUUGCUGCUGAUGGUCAUAUCUGUUUGUCAGGAUUACGGUAUUCGUGUUUGAUCGUUGAAGGCGGGCGAUGGCAGAGAAAAGUACAUUCAUUUCCUUCAACUACCGCAGCAAACCUGAACUGGUUGUCCCCAGAACUUCUUGAACAGAACCUGGAGGGAUAUAAUGAAAAGUCUGAUGUUUAUAGUUUAGGAGUUACUGCCUGCGAAUUGGCGAAUGGAAUAGUUCCAUAUUUUGACACACCAACAACCCUCAUGUUGGCAGAAAAGGUGCGUGGAAAUUGUCCACAUUUGAUUGACCAAACUACUUAUAUUUGUGGAGAUGAAGGUAGUGGAGAUGAUGAAUGUUUGAGGGUAAUGGCUGAAAGGAAAUUUACUGAUAGUUUUCAUGAUCUCGUUGAAAGUUGUCUAGAGAGAGACGUAACACAUCGACCUACAUCGUCACAACUCCUUUUGCAUCCAUUCUUGAAAUCUUGCCAUCACUCUUCAUUGCCAGAUCUCAUCAUUCCUGCUGCGCCUUUUACUGCAUUUACUCUUCCAGAUAAUAAAGAGGAUUUGGAAUCGAUCAUGGCCAGUGAGAGAAUGGCAUGGCUUGAGCUGGAACCUGUCAGCUGGGAUUUUUAAGAAGGUUAUUGUUUCAUCAAACAUUGAUAACACAUCAAAGAUUCAUAUCUUUACAAUAGUUAUUGAAAAUUAUUGUUACUAUUGUAAUUUUGUAUAAAUCCACUGUAUUAAAUAUUUUUAUUACACAAGUUUUAUUUUUGUUUCUGUAAAUUAUAAAUAUAUUUCGGUGAUAAAUAACAUAUGGAAUUCAUCGGAUAAUUUAAAAUUGUAAUUCUGUUGUAUUACAAUAAAAUUAACAGCAGUUUAUUGUUAUUAUAUAAGAUAUUUAUUUCUAUUUCUGAUCAUUUGUUGUGAUUCUGUUAAAUGAGAAGAAGGUAUUAAAACAAGAUAUCUAAAUGAAAUAAGUGCUUUAUCAUCAUUACUGAAAAAUGAAAUUCACAGGUUUUAGACUUGAGGCCAGAGGUCUCCAACCUAAAGCUAGCAAGACUGUGCCCAGCCAUGUCUAGCAUAACCUUUAUUGGUGAUCACCCAGGCAACAGUUUUACUAUUGCCUGCUGCAGAUCGACAAGUUUUCAAUAAAAUAACAAUACUUAUUUUACUAAAUGUAUAAUAAUUGAUUGCAAGUUUGAGUGAUAACUUUGAAAAUAGUGAUUUAUUUAUAUCAU